GCCAGCUGCUUCGGUGAAGAAGAUCAAGGAACGCGACCCACUAUUGAGCCGCAAGGAACGAUCAAGUUGGAUAUUACUGAAGAGCAGGAGGAAAUUCAUCAACAACCUCCCCAACAAAUGGACCAAGAUGAUGUGAUGGUUGACAUUGAAGCAAUUAUUCAACAAAGCGGGGAUGGUCUUUUGGAUCCAGAUUUUUGUAUCUCAAGGGUGCCUCACACGUUGCGUGAUAUAAAACCAAAAGUUUACGCCCCAAAAUAUAUUUCAAUUGGUCCCUUUCAUUAUGGUGAAGAGAGGCUUCAAGGUAUGGAAAGGCAUAAACAAUUCUUCUUGAAAAGAUUUAAACAAAGAACAAAUACAAGCUUGGAGGAUUUGGUUUGUUCUGUGAGACGUUUAGUGCCAAAAGUGCGUGCUUCUUACUUAGAGAACAUCAACCUUAGUGAUAGCGAACUCGUGAAAUUGAUAUUAAGGGAUGCUACUUUCAUCAUCGAAUUUUUCUACUCAUUCACUAGAGGAGGAUUAUUGGGUGAUGCUAUGCUGUCAAGCCCAACAUUAAAUGGAACCAUACAAGUUGAUUUGGCUUUACUUGAGAAUCAAUUACCAUUCUUUGCAUUUGAUCUCCAGAAGCUAACUCAGGAUCCUUGUAACGGGAGCAUAAAGCAUUUCACAGAUUUGCUUAGGCUUUUGUUCUUGCAAAGAGCACCACCAAAAAUGGAACCAUAUUUUUGGACUGUUGACAUUCUUUCACACGGUGCAAAACAGUUGCAAGAAUUUGGAGUCAAGUUCAAGACUAGCAAGAGCAAGAGCUUGUUAGACAUCAAGUUUUCAGGGCAUGUUCUUGAGCUUCCACAGAUUUUGGUAGCAGAACCAUUAACUGGAACUUUGUUUCAUAACAUGAUUGCUUUUGAACAGAUCCAUUGUCCUCUUACCACUUACAUUUCUAACUAUGCUACUAUGUGGGGAUGCCUAAUCAACACAAAGGAAGAUGCAAAUGUUCUCAUUGAUACGAAAAUAAUGCGCAGCUUCGAACCUGAUACUGAGGUUGUUUCAUUUUUUAGAAUCAUGGGACAGAAUGUCUUUGAACCAAGGAUGAUUUCUGAAUACAUUGACAUCUUCAAAAGGUUGAAUCAAUUCCGCCAAAAUCCUUUGAACCGGGUAAGUUGGAAUCCCCUACUGCUUUCUGAGCAAGGCUAUGAAGAGUUGAUUCGGAUCAUAGAUGUUGUGGAGAGAGUCACUCUCUUGCUCGAGCUAGAGUUCCUUUGUGUCCAAGUCCUAGAGUAUUAUGGCACCAUAAAUUGUUGUUGUAUGGAGUUUUCAUCCCUUUCGGAUCAUCUCAUUAAGAGUUGGUCUAUUAGGGAUGAAUAUAGUGAUGCCAUGGCCCAGGUGACUGCUACCAACGAUCAAGUCAAGGAGAUUACCCCACCUGUUAAGGAGGAGCUGGCAUGGGCUGAAGAGGGUAAUGCAAAGUCUGACCUAGAGGCCGCUACUAAGGUUUUGGAUGAGGCAUAG